AUGAGUAUUGAAAUUAUUGAUAGUCAUAUGGUAGAAAAGUUUAUCGAGAAUUCGGAAGCUUUUGAAAAAAUCAUCGGCGAACGCUUUACCUUGUUAGAUGCUAACAAAGACGGAGUUUUGUCUCGUGAUGAACUCCAAAAUGAUACCAAUGAUUCGUCUUAUGAGGACGUGGCGUUGCAACCAAAAGAAGAGAUUAUUAACCUAUAUGACGUGUUAUUUGAGAAAUUUGAUGUUGGAAAAAAAGGUACACUCGAUCGCAAGGAGUUUGGUUCGCUAAUGAAGGAAGUCAUGUUAGCCAAGGCUCAUGGUUUUGGUGAUACUCCAGUAUCCAUUAUUCUUCAAGAGGAUAGCUUGCUUAAAAAGGUCUUUUAA